GGGAUUUUAGAGGUCCUUUCUGCGACGUCGUUUCUAGUUUGCAAUCAGAAGCGCGUUAAAUACAGGAAAAUUUCUUGAGCUGUUUUGUCUUAACAAAUCAAUCGGAGAAAAAGCUACGGAGCUCGAGAGAAGAGAGAAUCUAUGUCGAACCCAAACGAACCAGCCAGGGCUCUUCUGCCUUACCUGCAACGUGCCGAUGAGCUGCAGAAGCAUGAACCACUUGUUGCUUAUUACUGUCGGCUAUAUGCAAUGGAACGAGGAUUGAAGAUUCCGCAGAGCGAGAGAACUAAGACCACCAAUUCGAUUCUCAUGUCUCUCAUUAAUCAACUCGAAAAGGAUAAAAAAUCAUUGACUCUGUCCCCAGAUGACAAUAUGCAUGUGGAGGGGUUUGCACUUAGUGUCUUUGCUAAGGCAGACAAGCAGGAUCGUGCAGGAAGAGCAGACUUGGGCACUGCCAAAACUUUUUAUGCUGCGAGCAUCUUCUUUGAAAUUCUGAGCCAGUUUGGUCCCGUACCUCCUGAUAUAGAGCAGAAACACAAGUAUGCUGCUUGGAAGGCUGCUGACAUAAGGAAAGCCAUUAAAGAAGGAAGGAAGCCCACUCCAGGUGAUCCUGUGGAUGAUGAUACUGAUUUAUCCAUCCCAUCAAGCGGUCCUAGUGGCUCCUAUGAUCACAGUGCAAGUGAUACCAACACAACAAGUCAUCAUAGAACAGAGCUUGAUCCACCCCAUGACUCGAAUGAUGACUCCAGCCACCAUCAAUUCCCUGAAGUGCCACAACACCCUCUACCUCCCAGGUUUUAUGACAAUCCGACCAACGAUUAUCCCGCAGAUGUCCCACCUCCACCACCGUCUUCUUACCCUUCCAACGAUCAUCUUCCCCCUCCCACAGGACCAUCAGACUCCCCUUACCCGCAUCCUUACAGUCAUCAACCAUACCACCAAGACCCGCCAAAACACAUGCCGCCACCGCAAAACUACUCAUCUCAUGAGCCUUCUCCAAAUUCUCUCCCUAAUUUCCAAUCUUAUCCUAGCUUUAGUGAGAGCAGCCUCCCAUCCACUUCUCCCCACUACCCUUCUCACUACCAAAACCCAGAACCUUACUAUUCUUCUCCGCACUCUGCACCUGCUCCUUCUUCCACAAGCUUCUCCUCUGCUCCUCCUCCUCCACCUUACUCAUCAAACGGGCGUAUCAAUAUUGCUCCCGUGCUAGAUCCUGCACCGAGUUCAGCUCAGAAGUACCAUUACGAUAGCAGCUACCAGCCAGGGCCUGAGAAGGUUGCAGAGGCACUCAAGGCUGCUAGAUUCGCUGUGGGAGCUUUGGCUUUUGAUGAAGUCUCGACUGCUGUAGAACAUCUCAAGAAGUCACUUGAGUUGCUAACAAAUCCAUCGGCCGGUGCCGGUCACUGAAUUUUAUAUCUAAUCUAUGACACUUGGGGUUGAUGUUAGUGCGUGUGUGUGUUCUCAACAUUUGUGGGUUUGUUUAUUAACUUUUCAGGCUCAGACUUCGUUUACAAAGAAAAUUUGUGUGAAUUAUUCUUAUUAUCAUAAAAUUUUCCUUGCAACUUCGUGUACAUUCAUACAUACAUAGGCAAUGGAGUUCCUCUUCAGUCUUCACGUAAAGAGCGAGUGUGGGACACG